AUGUCGACUAGUACCUCUUCUAAAGUUUCUGGUGUGAGAAGGAGAGCUUGUGUCAAUUGCACUUCUGUCAAAUCGAAAUGCCUGCCAUUCUCAUCUGACGAAUGCCAGCGGUGUAAUCGGCUUGGUAAGCGGUGCACUUAUCUCAACGUUGUGGAGAAGCGAAAGAGUCCCUCCAACUCCUCUCGUACACGGCUCCUCGAGCAGCGGCUGAGUAGAGUUUUGGCUCUGCUUGGCACCCAAGCUCAGGGUACGCCUAUGAGUGGCUUCGUUGCACAGUUAGCUGCUGAGGACCUCGAUAUGGAUGCACUGAAUGGUACCCUGUUUGGCCAAUUGCCAAUAUCUCAAGGCUUAACACUUCAGGGGACGCUAGAUGUUGUCGAUCGUGGGUUUCUCAGCUUGCCUGAAGCGCAGAGCUUGCUUGACAACUAUCGCAACAAAGCGGUCGAACACUUCCCUUUUGUUCCAAUCUCUUCUGAUACUACGAUCGCUUCUCUAAGAGCUACCAAGCCCUUUUUAUUCAUGUGCAUCGUGGCAACCAUGAAAUUCGACAAUUGUAAUAUCCAGCACCAGAUCGGUGAAGAAAUCCGCAACCAAGCACACCAGCGAGUUUUGAUGCAGUCAGAGAGCACUCUUGAAAUUCUGCAAGGUCUCUUGAUCUACCUGUCAUGGUACCAGUAUUUCUUCAUCAGCUACGAGAAGCAGCAAAUUGUCCCAAUCGCACAAUUGUGUGUGUCACUGGUUCAGAACCUCGGGCUCGAUCAGAACCCUGAUAAUAUGAGGCGAAAAGUCGAUCUUGGGCCAGACGAAACAGCCCCUGGACGAAAGGCCGCGCGGUCUGCAGAGCAACUUCGGGCUUUGCUUGGAACAUAUUGCACGGCAUCUUGGGUUUCUAUCAAGUUUCGGACUCGUGGCGCUUUGCCAUAUACAGGAUACAUCAAGCAAAGCUGGGAACGCCUUCUUUCCAAUGCAGAAUGCCCUAGUGACCUUAUGAUUCCCCAUUUCGUCCGCAUAAGCGAAAUGUGCCGUCGUAUAUGUGACACUUUUGGGUACGACGAUCUCGAAAACUCGGGGAUGAGGGGAGAGUUUGUCAGUGCCAUGGCUUUGCAGACCCUCAAUAACGAAUCUGCAUUGUUGAAAGCCUCAAUUCCUCCGGAUCUCCAGAACAACCUUGCUAUAAGAAUGGAGGUCUACUUGCUUGAUACCUUACUCGGUGAAGUUUCACUGCAUGAUGAAUUUUGGGAUACCACAUCGACUUCUAACCACUUCGUAACUAAUAAUCCGUCUUCCUCAACCAAUACCAGGGUCUCCAUCUUGUUCAACCUAAUUCGAAGCUGCAAGUCGUUGAAUGAUGCCGUCAUAGCCUAUCCAGACGAAGAGCUCUGGUACAUCACGUUUUACACAACGGCCAAGAUCUGCAGAAGCCUCUUGUGUCUCUCAAAUGCUAGCAAGAUAUCAUCGGAGAUCUUUAGAGAGACUGGAAUUGCUUCCUACAAUGCCCCUUUCAUUGCCAUUAGUUCUCCUGUUCACGACGCUAUGACAGUUGAGAGGGUGGCUGACUUGAAGGGCGAGGCAAAGCGGCUGCAACGAAAAUUCAAGAAUCUGUCACCUCAAGUACAGAAAAUCGGUAAUGAAGAAGACAUUAUGCUCGGAUUCUCGGAUAUGAUAUGGGCAGUGGCAGUUGCGUAUGAGGAAACGAAAGGGCUGGAACCAAGCCUUUUGAGCUUUUCUGUUGGGAGCGAUGGACAGAACUCUUCUUCCGAGCUAGGAAGCUCGGAAGGCUAUCUCUCAAGUACUGGCUCAGGAAGUAUGCAGCCUGAAGCAGUGUUAGACUUUGGUCUGAUGGAAGAUGAAACUUGGGAAGAGUUGUUGGCUGGGAUUGCUACCGUAAAUGACCCGGCAUCAUCGCUGCAAAUAUGA